ACCCUCUCUGGAGCGCUGGGACGCAGGUUCCAUCCCGGCCGGGUGCGGUGGGUUAAGGGUCCGGCGUUGCGGCAGGUGCGGCAUAGGUAGCAACGGCAGCUUAGAUCUGAUCCCUGGCCCGGGAACUCCAUGUGCGGCCGGGCGGCCAGAAAAGAAGACACAAACCAACAAACAAAGGCCUCUGUGGAGUGGAGCACGAGCAGGGGGCCUAGCACGGUGGGAAGGAUCAGAGGAGCUUCGCGAACCGGCAGCGGGCGUCGCCCCCUGAGCGCAGGGAGCCGCCUGCUUCGUUGCCAUGGAGAUGCCUGUGACGUCACAUAGGUCUGGACCGCCGGACUUUCCUUCCCGACUCAGCGAUGUUCACUCGGGGGGCAAAAUGGACAGGCCACUCACGAGAGCUUGGUGAUGUGAUGGGCUCUGAGGGGAGCCCAGGAGGCCUGGAGAGGCUCUCACCUACGCACGCAAGACCGGCGCCUCUCACCCCGCUCCCCUCUUCUGGAAGCUGGCUCUCUGAACUUGAGCCCCACCUUCUGUCUGCAGCCUCAGCUCCUGGAUGCUCCCGAACUCCAGGGUCUAGGGCGCCACCCCCAGGGAUUCUGGAAGAAAGCAAGUGAUAUGCCACUGCAAGGAGUGAAGGGUGCAUAACCGGCCCCCAGCCAUGGCUGCUCUGCGGUCCAGCCGCCCCAGCUGCAUCCGGGCAGCGUUCAGCGUGGGCAGUGCCAGGGCCGGCUUCCGGAGGAGGCAGAGGAACAUGCUCUGGCGCCUCAAGGCCAAUCACAAGAGGAACCACAUGGACUUGGUGGAAGGAAUCUGGAGAGAGUUUUUAGAUCCUUACGACGGUGACUCAGAGGGUCCGCACAGCCCCUCCUCCUGUGGCUUCAGCAGCUGUCCCCUGGGUGAUGCGAGCUGUCACGUGCCUCUGCAAACGCUCAGGCCCAGGAGUCCGGGGGAAGGGAGCGUGGAAGACCCCCUCUCGGCGGCCCCCCCAGUCCUGGUGCCGCCAGCCGCCAGUGACGUGGACAUGCAGCCCGCGGAGGCCGGCAGCCCGGAGGUGUGGGGGCGGGCAGCCUGGCUCCCCGGCCCCCCGGGGGACCCGAGGAUGGCGGAGGAGGACUGGGGUCCCCGGGAGACGGGCAGACACGUGCAGGGCAGAGCCAGAGUGUCCCGGCUGCCACCCAGACUUGGGACUGAGAGAGACAAGGGGCCCAAAUGCUCACUCUCCAAGAGGAAACUGGAACUUUUACUUGCAGAACCAGCGAAAAAUAAGAGAAGGAGGCAGAAUGGGGCCUAGACUGAGGCGAGCAGGGUGGGCCCGGGAACGGGCGCGACGCCGUGACAGGCCUGGGCCUGGGCCGGUCAGAACCAACGCUGAUGAACAUAAAAGAGCUUCCAAGAGCUUCCUUGGCCUUCUUUGGA